UUCAAACAAACCGUUAGUAUCUAAAUAAACAAACUGCUUUCAAAUCAGUAAACGAAAGAUAAUCGUACACUUGGCGAGUGCCACGGCCGAGACCGAACGUUUUGAAAGAGAAUUUUAGCCCAUACGCGCGCUGAACUGAUGCGGGAAAAGGAGUUAUGAAGGACCAAAGCACACUUUUUAAAGUGAAAAGUAAAAACUUUUUGAAAGAUUUCUUAUCAAAACAAUGGUUGGAAUAUACGAAGGCUAGCGAGAACUCAUUUGAUCCAACUGCGACCUCAAAUGCAAAGUUUCCAUAGCAUAAAAUCUGUCUGCACAUUCAGAUGGUCUUUGGGGAGACCUGCUGAGGAACUCACAACCCUGUUGCCUCAUUGCCAUUACACACAGCCUGAGAGGUAAUUGGCAAGAGCCAUGCCUGCUCUGACGACUGGAGUGGGCCACGAGCCAGGGCUCUAUGAGUUGCUAGCAGCAUUGCCUUCGAAAUUGAAGCCCCAUGCCAGUCACCCUGAGGAGACCACCUUCCUCCAGGGCAUGUUUGGGGAGAAAAGACUUCAUUCACUGUUCUUGAUUCAUGAUGAACUGCAGCAAUAUGAAGAGCGCAAACCCACUCCUGUUUUGAACAAUGCUGCAAGUCUGUGUAGUCAAUUGACUGAUGAGCUUCAAAGAAAAUCAGUUAAUGCAGAAAUAAAUGAGCUUCUAAAGCUACUGGCCAAACCCCACUUGAAGAGUCUUUUAUCAGUCCAUGAUAUGGUGGCACAAAAAAACUAUGACCCUAAACUACCUCCAAUGCCUGAAGACAUCAAUGAUGAUGAGGAUUCUGUAAAGAUCAUAAGACUAGUUAAAAACAAGGAACCACUGGGAGCAACGAUAAAGCAAGAUGAUCUCACGGGAGCCAUCCUCGUGGCCAGAAUCAUGAAAGGAGGGGCUGCAGACAGAAGUGGCCUUAUUCAUGUCGGGGAUGAGCUGAAGGAGGUCAAUGGAAUCCCAGUGGAUGACAAGAAACCAGAGGAAAUUAUACGUAUUCUGGCCCAGUCACAAGGUGCCAUUACUUUCAAAAUUGUUCCCGGGGUCAAGGAAGAUGUAAUAACCAAGGAGCCAAAGAUGUUUGUGAAGGCACUCUUUGAUUAUGACCCAAGAGACGACAAAACCAUCCCAUGUAAGGAGGCUGGACUGGCCUUCAAAAAGGGCUCCAUUCUUCAGAUCAUGAGUCAAGAUGAUGCAACCUGGUGGCAAGCGAAACACGAAGGGGACGUGAACCCCCGCGCUGGUUUAAUCCCGUCCAAACAGUUUCAAGAAAGGAGACUUGCGUUGCGAAGUUCUUCUGCAAUUCUCCCAAUCCAGAGGUCUUCGAUUCGGCGAUCCUAUGAUGUGGCUGUAGACUUUGUUGAGGAAAUUGAAGAGGAUGCAGACUUUAUUAGCAGUUACCAUCUAGUUGGGUUCAGAAGAAGCUUCCGUCUCAGCAGGAAAGACAAGAAGACCAACAAGUCCAUGUACGAGUGUAAGAAAAGUGAAAUUUAUGACACAGCGGACGUACCCACAUAUGAAGAGGUCGCUAAAUACCAGAGGCCAAAUAAAGCUAAACACCGGCUAGUGGUCCUAGUUGGACCGCCUGGAGUUGGCUUGAAUGAGCUGAAGAGGAAACUUUUGAUUUCCGAUCCACAGCACUUUAGUGUGACCAUUCCACAUACAAGUCGACCCAAGAAGAACCUCGAGAAUGAUGGUGUGGAAUACCAUUUCAUCUCAAAACAUCUCUUCGAGACUGACAUUCACAACAAUAAGUUCAUUGAGUUUGGUGAGUACAAAGGGAAUUACUAUGGGACAAGUUUGGACUCCAUACGUUCGGUCCUGUCCAGGAACAAAGUGUGCCUAUUAGAUGUUCAGCCUCAUACAUUAAAGCACUUGCGGACUGCAGAGUUCAAACCAUUUGUAGUUUUUGUGAAGCCUCCUACAAUUGAGAGGCUGAGGGAAACAAGGAUAAAUGCAAAACUAAUUUCGGGCAAGGAUGACAAGGGAUCCGCUAAGCCAUUCACAGAGGACGACUUUCAAGAGAUGUUGGCAACUGCCCAGACAAUGGAGACUCAGUAUGGACAUCUAUUUGAGAAGAUCAUAGUAAACGAUAACCUUUCGGAGGCCUUUGGCGAACUGCGUGUGACACUAAAGAAAGUGGAGAUGGACACACAGUGGGUUCCAGUGAGCUGGACUCACUCGUGAGAUCUACACAGACUGUAAAAGAACAAGAAAAUGAAGAUAUCUGCUUUAGCAAGUGUUUUUGAGGGGUUAGAGGGAAGAUAAGAUUACAACAGGCUACUGAGCUGUAAAUGCAGAUUUUUAUAAUAUGUGGGAUCUGUAUUAAUUUCAACCUGCAGUAAGGUCUCGAUUCAAAUCUUUUGAGGUCUAAAUAGAUUUCACUUUGGGUUGAAGCUGUAAAACGUUCCUGAUCUAGAUUGCAGUCUUGGAUGCAAGAUGAAGUACAUCGUUCCAAACCAAAAUGUUGAAUUAGCCUGGACCGUUGCAGUACCAGCAACAUUGCCAGCACAUCAGCACCACAGCCAACCAGAAGCCUUUUUUCAGCGUUUUUAUUAGAUGAAACUAUUACAAACCAAAGGAACUGUCACAUUUGUUCUUGGUUUGACAACUUACAUGCACAUAUCUGUAAAAGAAUGCAAAGGGUAAGGGAUAUUGCAGGAGUGAAUAUUUUUGCUUUCCUGUAUUACGAUAUUUUUAUGCUUACAAAAUUUUUUGGGCAUCAGAACAUUGUUUGGUACAUUAUCGUAAAGGGCAGUAAAUGUUGAUUUUUUUUUUUUUUUUUUUAAUUGAAAAAAGUAAUAUAUUUUCUAAUGAAUGCUAGGGAGUUUUGUGUAAUUGGUUUUUACAUUUUUAUAUGCAUAUAAUUUUUUUGAGCAAUAUUGUACACUUUGUUCUGUAAUGACAAUAUUUGUAUUCACAAAUGUCUUUGCUUUGUUGUCGUUCCACAAGCCAUUUUAUACAGGAAUUCUAACUACUCUCUACUGCAUUUGUAGUUGUUCGUCCCUGUUUUUCUUUUUAUCCAUUAGUCAUAGUCCUUUUUAAAUACCAUAUGCACUUUACCUUUAACACAUGGAGCUUCGUAGCAGAUGUGGAAUAUCAAUUUUAUGAUUCUAAGAGAAAUCUGCACUGCUUUUGCAAACAAAAUUAUUUUCUUAUUUUACAAAUUGGACAUUUCAAUAAUUACAACACCUGGUUCAAGUUAUUAGGUAAUUUUCCGAGCACAGGCUUCCUUCCAUAAUCCUAAAACAUGUGUGUUACUUUAAUUGAAGAAGCUACAUGUGAAUAGUUGUUUGUCUAAGCCCAUGUCCACACGUCGCAGGGCUUUUUGAAAACGAGUAUUUUGCCCCGUCCGUCAAGAAAAAAAAAAAAAAAAAUCAACGUCCACACCACCUUGUUUGUAGGAAAAAUAUCGUCCACACCCAACCACAUAAGUGUUUUUUUUUAUACAUAUUUGAUGUGCAUCAAAGCACAGAGUGAAUGACAAGUAAAUGAAUGGUUCAACGAUCGUAUUUUGUUUGUUUAGCCCUUGCCUUGUGAGAUUUUCAUGAACUGUUAGCAUGUGUUUAUAUAUGUGCAUUAUAUACCGUCAUUUGCAGACUAUAAAAGGCCACAUAUAUUCCGGUGCGGCUUAUACAGUGGUAUGAAAAAGUAUCUGAACCUUUUGAGUUUCUCAUUUGUCAAAAUCACACGGAUGAAAAAACAGUGUCUGCUUUAAGUAAAACCACCUAAACAUUUAUAGGUUUUCAUAUAUUAAUGAGGAUAGUAUGCAAACAAUGACAGAAGGGGAAAAAAUAAGUAAGUGAACCAUUACAUUACAACCAGACGCUUGCUGUAGAUUCAGCUCAGUCUGGCAUAUUGACCAGGACUCAUCCUGGCCCAUUCUUCUCUACAAAACUACUGUAGUUCAGUCAGAUUCUUGGGAUAUGUGGCAUGAAUCGCUGUCUUUAGGUCCUGCCACAGCAUCUUAAUGGGGUUAAAGUCUGGACUUUGACUUGGACACUCCAGAAUGUGUAUUUUGUUCUUCUGAAACCAUUCUGAAGUUGAUUUACUCCUGUGUUUUAGAUCAUUGUCUUGUUGCAGCA